AAUACGUGCAGGUUGCUCCCACCUCCUCCAUAGUAGUGAAAGGGAAGAGCUCGCUCACCGCCGGACCCACCUGCCCUUGUGUGCCGUUCAAUCCAUGCAACGACAGUGGAGUAAUUGCACUUGACAGAUAAAAGCAGUUACCUGCUCCUAUAAAGCACAAUAUCUGCUUCAAAACUGUUCAGCAGUACAGGUGGAAGUGAGAGGGUUUCAAUGGAGCCCAAAACUGUAGUGAAGGAGAAGUUUUUCAUCGUGAUACGCGGGAAGUCGAGGAAAGGCUUCUGCCGAGGAUGUAUAGGCCGUGUGGAGACAGAGACGCAGCAUGGGGAGCUGAUGGGACUGCUCUACUGCAGUGGCGCCAACGCAGGGAGCCCGAAGAGCGGGGGCAUCGUGAGGAGAGAGGACACCUACCCUCUGACCCGCCACCAGGCCCAGCUACUGCUCUUCGUCUCCUCCACAAGCAAACGCCUGGAGCUGCUGUGUAACCCUCAGCUGUUCUCCGCCAUCUGUGAGCUGUCUCCGGAUGACCUGGUGGUGGUGAAGCACAAGAAGGGCCACCUGCCCGGGAUGGUGAAGAACCUGAUGCAAAUUGGGAGAAAAGAGAACAAAGACGACCUGCACAUGCUUGGCUUUGAGGUGGAAUUCGUGGACAAUGAUCACAAUUUGUCAUCCAAGAAACCUGCUCCCCUGCCCUUGUUCAGUGCUGCAGACAUCGUCCAGGUGAUCCCAUCUUACUCCGUCCCCCUCGGGCUGCACUGGAGAGACGGCCAAUGUGGGGGUCUAAAAAAAGCAGUGACUCGCAUCAACUCCAUGCCCAGUAUAGGAUCUCGUGCACAUCAAGUGAGAGAGAACCAGGAGCAGAGUGUCAUUCAGAGCCGAAGUCUGACCAAGCCUCAUGCCCCUCUGGAGGUGGGAUCCAUGGUGGAGGUGAUGUCCAACUCGGGAAUCACAGUGUACGGGGUCGUCCGGUGGUUGGGUGUCCCUGCGGGAAAGACCAAUGAAUGGGCCGGGAUCGAAUUGGACUAUGAGGUGAAUGGCUGCUCUGAUGGGAAGUACGGAAUCCAGAGAUAUUUCACCUGCAAAGGGAACAGGGCUUUAUUUGUUCCUGUCACAAAGUGCAGCCCUGACAGCAGGUUUGUCUACUCCUCUACAGGAAGGGAGACCCCAAAGCCCACCGAAGCACCUCCAGUUCCUCCAUUUGAGGACUCAGAGGAGGAUGCAUCACCUAUCCCCGAGUCACAGGCCUUGUCUUUGUUGGUGGGAAGGAUGAAGGGGAUUCAGGGUCACAUCAACUCCUGUUAUCUUGAUGCCACACUCUUCAGUUUGUUCAGCUCAUCUGUGACCCUGGAUAAUAUCUGCAAGAAGCCUGCUGACACAGAGCAACCCAUAACCUGCACUCUGAGAAAAGUAGUCAACCGUUUACGCAGACAAGGAUUUGUUCCUGCUGAAAGUGUGAUGAAUUUCCGCAAACAGCUUGGCUGCGACACCUUUCAAACAGAGGAAAAGGACCCAGAGGAGUUCAUCACAGUCCUCUUUCAGAAGGUGCUUUGCCUGGAGCCACUGCUCAAGCUCAGAUCGAGACGAGAAACAUCUCAGGGUGCCUACACCCUCCAGAUCUUUCUAGAAAAAGAGCAGAUUGGACAUGUGCCAACUGUCCAACAGCUGCUGGAAGCAUCCUGCCUGUCAGGUGACCUCAAGUUCGAAGAGAUGCCCUCCUGUCUAAUGGUUCAGAUGCCAAGGUUUGGAAACAAGUAUAAGAUGUUUUCUCACAUCAUUCCCUCCACUGAGCUGGACAUCACAGACCUUCUACACAACGCUCCGAGAGAAUGUUUUGUCUGUGGGCAUUUGGCAGAGUAUGAGUGUCUUCAGUGUCUACCAGAUCGCAAACUGCAGCCAGGAAGAAUCAAGCAGUACUGCACUACCUGCAACACACAGGUGCACAGUCACCUAACGCGACAGGGUCAUUCCCCCAGAGAUCUAGAGGUUCCAGCAGAUGUAGCCUCUGACACUCCUGUUCCCAGACACAUGAUGCAGUUGUUUGCUGUGCUCUGCAUUCAAACCAGCCACUACGUGUCCUUUGUCAAAUAUGGCCCUGACCCUCACUCCUGGCUUUUCUUUGACAGCAUGGCAGACAGAUGCGGUGACGAUCAAAGUGGAUACAACAUUCCUGAGAUCCGAGCUUGUCCGGAGCUGGGUGACUUCCUGUCCCAGUCGGAGGAGGAGCUGGCUCAGGCAAACCCCUCUCAGGCUCCUGAACUAGUGCGCAGGCUGCUGUGUGACUCCUACAUGUUUUUAUACCAGAACCCAGCCCCGCCACUCUCAAAGCCAAACCAUCAGGAGCCUUAAACGCAUGAAGAGGAGGACACAAUGUUCUCACAACAGUGCCUUAAUAACCUUGCAUCUCUGCUUAAUCAGCAAGAUUUUGUAUUGGUUUUUACAUCCAAAUAGCGGGAACUGAAACGGAUGCUUUCAACAUCAUGGAAAUAAACUCUAUUUUUCAUCACAAAUACAAUAUUGUAGUUUGGAAAUCUGACUUUGAUUGCUCUUAUUCAAAGCUGAUGUUGAUAUGUAAGAAGAGAAAGAAGGAGCAGUGACAAUAUUGCACUUUGCACUGUACUCCUCACCCUUGCCUUCUUUAUCGCUUGAAUGUUUUGCUGUUGUUACAUUUAUUUAUACAAAGUUUUUCAAAGGGAAUUGUAGCAUGUUGAUUUUCAUGACAUUCUCAUUUAUUUUUUGUCUUUGAUGAAUUAAAGUUUAAGUCCACUCACUCA